GCAAUGGACCUGGUGCAGGCGGCGCAGCUGGGCGAGGCGGUGGCCGAGAAGAUGCUCCGGUACCGGCGAGACCAGUCGGGCUGGAAGAUUUGCCGCCAAGGCAACGGAGUUACGGUUUCCUGGCGGCCCUCCGUGGAGUUCCCAGGGAACCUGUACCGAGGGGAAGGCGUGGUGACCGGGAGGCCGGAGACGGUGUGGGACUUCGUGAAGCCCCUGGCCGGGAGCCUCCGGGAGAAGUGGGAUGAGAACGUGACCAGUUUUGAGAUUAUUCAGAGCAUCACCGACACCAUGUGUGUAACCAGAACCGCCACGCCCUCGGCUGCCAUGAAGCUCAUUUCCCCCCGAGACUUUGUGGACCUGGUGCUGGUGAAGACGCUCGAGGACGGCACCAUCGUCUCCAACGCGGCCAACGUGGAGCACCCGCUGUGCCCCCCAAAGCCCGGCUACGUGCGAGGACGGAACCACCCUUGCGGCUGCUUCUGCGAACCUGUGCCAGGGGAGCCCAACAGGACCAGGCUGGUCACCUUCUUCCAGACGGACCUGAGCGGCUUCCUGCCGCAGAGCGUGGUGGACGCCUUCUUCCCGCGCAGCAUGGCCGGGUUCUACGCCAACCUCCAGCGGGCAGUGAGGCUGGUGCCAGCUGUGACCGAGGGCGCCGAGGCUGCAGUGCCCUUGCAGUGACAAGGCCCACGGGGACACAGCCGUGGCACCCAGGACCAGGGAGCCAGGGAGCGGCCCUGCAC